AUGCUUCCAGAUAAUUCAAUUUCUGAGAAGUUAAUUGAAAUAGAAAAAAAAGUUCAAACAAAAAUUUUUGGUGGACAAUGUAUUGAUAAAAUAAAUGGAAUAAAUAAUAUAAUUUCCGAUGAUGAUCACAGACAUAUUUUAAAAGAAGAAGAGGAAGAUAAAAAAUUAUUAGAAGAGGCAGAAAAAUUUGAUAAUGUAUUUUGUUUUCAAUCUUCUCCUGAUUACAUAACUGGUGGUAUCUUAAGAGACUACCAAAUUCGAGGUUUAAAUUGGUUAAUAUCACUUGAAGAAAAUAAUAUUAAUGGAAUAUUAGCUGAUGAAAUGGGGUUAGGUAAAACUUUACAAACUAUUUCAUUACUUGGUUAUAUGAAACAUUUCAAAGGUUAUAAUGGGCCUUUUUUAAUUAUUCUUCCUAAAAGUACUAUAGCUAAUUGGGAAAAUGAAUUUUAUAAAUGGUGUCCAUCAUUAAAAACUGUUGUCUUAAAAGGGACAGCUGAAGAAAGAAAUAUUAUAAUAAAAGAUUAUAUUUUAACAUCAAAAUUUGAAGUACUCUUAACAAAUUAUGAACUUAUUAUGAAAAAUAUGAAUAUUUUACAAAAAUUUACUUGGAGGUAUAUAGUAAUAGAUGAAGGUCAUAGAAUUAAAAAUGAUAAAUCAAAAUUAUCAGAAUGUGUUAGAAAAUUAAAGUCAACAAAUCGUCUUUUAAUUACCGGAACACCAUUACAGAAUGACUUGCAUGAGUUAUGGAGUUUACUUAAUUUUUUAAUGCCAGAACAUUUUUCUGAUUCUGAAGCAUUUGAUUCAUUAUUUUCAACUGAAAAUUGUUUAUCUAACAAUGAAGAAAUUGUUUUAAAAUUACAUAAAAUAUUAAAACCAUUUCUUUUGAGAAGAAUUAAAUCUGAUGUAGAAACAACAUUACUACCAAAAAAAGAAUUAAAAGUUUAUGUUGGACUUUCGGAAAUGCAAAGAAAAUAUUAUCAAAAUAUUUUAACAAAAAAUUUAGAAGUUAUUACAGCUCAAGGAAAAAAAGAAAAAUCUCGUCUUAUGAAUAUAAUAAUGCAUCUUAGAAAAUGUUGUAAUCAUCCAUACCUAUUUGAUGGUGCUGAACCAGGACCACCAUUUUUUACAGGACCACAUCUUAUAUAUAAUUCUGGAAAAAUGGUUUUGUUAGAUAAAUUACUUAGUAAAUUAAAAGAACAAGGUAGUAGAGUUUUAAUAUUUUCACAAAUGGCCAGAAUGCUUGAUAUUUUAUCUGAUUAUUGUUGGAUGAAAAAAUAUGAUUAUUGUCGUUUAGAUGGGCAGACAAGUUAUGAAGAUCGAGAAAAAAAUAUUAGAUCAUUUAAUGAACCAGGAAGUGAAAAAUUUAUUUUUUUAUUAACUACAAGAGCUGGUGGUUUGGGAAUUAAUUUAACAACUGCUGAUGUUGUAAUUUUAUAUGAUUCUGAUUGGAAUCCACAAAUGGAUUUACAAGCUAUGGAUAGAGCUCAUAGAAUAGGGCAAACAAAACAAGUAAAAGUCUUUCGUUUAGUUACGCAAAAUUCUGUUGAAGAAAGAAUACAAAAAGCUUCAGAAAAAAAACUUAUACUUGAUUCUAUUGUUAUACAACAAGGUAGAGGUUCGCAUUCUAAGAAAGGUUUAUCUGGUGAUGAUAUGUUAAAUGCUAUUAGAUAUGAUUGUAAUAGAAUUAUGACUGGUGAUGCUGAUUCUAUAACCGAUGAAGAUAUAGAUACAAUUUUAAAUAAAGCUGAAAAAGAAACUAAUGAUUUUAAUGAAGAAUUAAAAAAAGUAAAAGAAAAUAGUUUACGAUAUUUUUCAAUGGAUACAACCAGUUCAUCAGAUAAUUUGUAUAAUUUUGAAGGUACAGAUUUUUCCUCAAAAAAAAAUACAGAUGAAUUUUUUUUUGAAAUGCCAAAAAGAGAAAGAAAAAAUAAUAUAUAUGCAAGUAUUAAAAAUACAAUAAAAAAAGAAAAAGAAAAUAAAUUUGAAAUAUCGAUGCCAAAACAAGUACAAUUAAAAGAUUAUCAAUUUUAUCCUUCUCAAUUAAUAGAUAUACAAGAACGUGAAAUGAAUUAUUAUAAACAAGUAAAAGGUAUUCCUGCAGAGGUACCUUGUAAAAAUGAUAAUAAAAGUAAAAAAGAAAUAGCAAAAAUUAGAAAAGAAUUACAAAAAAAGAUAGAUAAUGCAUUACCACUAACAAUUGAAGAACAAGCUUUAAAAAAAGAACUAAUAAAACAAGGUUUUAGUAAUUGGGGAAAAAAAGAAUUUAAUAAUUUUGUAAAAGCAUGUGAAAAAUAUGGUAGAGAUGAAUAUGAAGCAAUAGCUUCUGAAAUAGGAACAAAAACAUGUGAAGAAGUUGUAGAAUAUUCAAAAGUAUUUUUUUUACGUUACAAAGAACUUCAGGAAGGAAACAAAAUCAUGGAACAAAUAGAGAAAGGUGAAAGAGCCAUUGAAAGGAGGAUAAAAAAUUUGAAAGCUUUAGAGUUACGUGUAUCAAAAUGUAAAUCACCAUACUAUCAAUUUCGUAUUAAUUAUCUUUCAGGAAAAAGUAGAACAUGGAAUGAAGACCAAGAUAGAUUUAUACUGUUAAAAUUUCUUGAAUAUGGUGGUGAGGGAGAGGAUGUAUAUAAUAAAAUUUACCGAGAUAUUGCUGAUAGUAAUGAUUUUAUUUUUGAUUAUUUUUUAUUAUCUAAAAGUACUACAGAAAUACAAAAAAGAAUACAUUCAUUACUAAGACUUAUUGAUAUUGACAUGAAUGGCAAAAAAAAUGACGACAAUGAUUCUUCAAACAGUAAAGAAAAAAGAAGUAGAAAAAGAAAACUUUCUGAAAGUACUGUUGACUAA